AAGAAGAAUUAGUAUAAAUUGUUAGCCUUUAAAAAUAAAAAAUAAAAAGUUGAGGGACCAGCUAGCCCGCCAUUAAUGCCAUUUUUUCAUACUCCUAUAUUUUCAAGCAACUGCUUAUUCCAUUUUAGCUCAACUUUAGUCAACUUUUGCUCUUAUUUUUUCAAUAUUUUUACUUGUUCUUGUUUGAUUAUUAAACAAAAAAGAAAAGGAUAAUAGUUUGUAGAAGGUGAAGAUUUGUUGACAUUUUGUUGAUGGGGAUUUGCUUGAGUGCACAAAUUAAAGCUGAGAGCCCUUAUAAUACAGGGAUUAGUACUUCAAAGUAUGUAAGCACAGAAGGAAAUGAUCUUAGUACAGGCAGCAAGCAAUCGUCGUUUUCGAUGCCACCAACUCCUCGGAGUGAAGACGAGAUAUUGCAGGCUUGCAAUCUGAAGAACUUCAAUUUUUCUGAUCUCAAGACGUCCACUAGGAAUUUCCGUCCUGAUAGUGUCCUUGGAGAAGGUGGUUUUGGUUCUGUUUUUAAGGGAUGGAUUGAUGAAAAUUCAUUUGCUGCUGCUAAGCCUGGUACCGGAAUGGUGAUUGCCGUUAAAAGGCUGAACCAAGAAGGUCUCCAAGGUCACAAGGAGUGGCUGGCGGAAGUAAAUUAUUUGGGGCAGUUUUCUCAUCCUCAUCUUGUGAAGCUGAUUGGUUAUUGCGUAGAGGAUGAACACCGGCUUUUGGUGUAUGAGUUCAUGCCGCGGGGAAGCUUGGAGAAUCAUCUGUUCAGGAGAGGUUCUUAUUUCCAGCCUCUUUCUUGGAAUCUUCGCUUGAAAGUUGCUCUUGGUGCCGCAAAAGGGCUUGCAUUUCUUCACAGUGAUGAAAAUAAAAUCAUAUAUCGCGACUUCAAGACAUCUAACAUUCUACUUGAUUCGAAGUACAAUGCCAAGCUUUCCGAUUUUGGGUUGGCUAAGGAUGGGCCUACAGGUGAUAAGAGUCAUGUGUCCACCCGGGUUAUGGGUACCUAUGGCUAUGCAGCUCCGGAAUAUCUGGCUACAGGCCAUUUAACUGCCAGGAGUGAUGUGUAUAGCUUCGGAGUUGUUUUAUUAGAAAUGUUAUCGGGCAGAAGGGCAAUCGAUAAAAAUCGACCAUCCGGAGAACACAAUCUAGUGGAAUGGGCUAAACCGUAUCUGGCCAAUAAAAGAAAGGUUUUCCGCAUCCUAGACAAUCGUCUUGAAGGCCAGUAUUCAAUUGAUGUUGCCUGUAAAGUGGCUGCUCUUGCAUUACGUUGCAUAUCGAUAGAACCCAAGUUCCGGCCAACCAUGAAUGAAGUUGUGACAUCAUUAGAGGAACUCCAGAAUUCCAAGCAAAUCGAAAGCAAUAAUAAUACCAAUUCAAACCGUGCAUCCAGGAUGCGGAGACGAAGUGCAGAUGAUACUCAUGGCGGAAGGAACGUAGUUGCUUAUCCUCGGCCUUCAGCUUCGCCUCUUUAUGCUUGAAAACAGAACGAACUUGAUGGAAACUGUCUCACUAUAGCUCUAUACAAAGCCGACGACUAUCAUGCUGACUCGGGCAUUCACCAAUGUUCUUCGAUCCAAUGACUGUACAGUUCGUCACGGUUGCGUUAAUGAAUUUAAAAUCAAUAUUCUGCUGAGUAAAUUGCUGGUCAGCAUGUAACACUAGUUUGCAUAUAUUAAGAUCUGCUGAAAUGUAACAGUUGGAAUUACAGCUGAAGGAAUGCGAUGACUUGCUCUUGCAUGCUUUUGUAUUUGAUAUUAAUCUUAUAUAUUAGUAGUAGUAUUUAA